GUACUUAUUCGUUUAAUCUCUUGUACAUCAUCCAACAAUGAUAAAUGUUUAUGUUUAGCAUUGUAUGAAGAUCAAUUGGAUAUUUGGUCAAUUGAUCAAAAUUUAAACUCUCAGAUAAGUGGUGUUUAUACUGUUGAAUCCUUAAUUGAUUCAACAAAUGCAUUUAAAAAUGAUUUAUUGAAUUGGCAUGCUGUUGAUUUUGCCAUACAAUCAAAUCGUUAUACACCAGAUGAUCAAACUGUAGUAUAUUUACUCUUAGGUCGUACUAACCAAUCAUCAUCAUCAUCGUCAUUAAGAGAACUUCGUCUUUUAACAAUAAAAUUCACUCAAACUGAAUCCUCUUUGUAUUAUGUCAUGAAUAAUACUGUUAGUAUUGAAUAUCCAUUCAACAAUACCGAGUUAUCUAAUUCAGAUGGAAUUCAUAUACAAUUUUGUUUGCCGACUGAUUCAAUGCCACAAUCAUUAUAUCCAUGUUUACUAGGUUGUUUGUAUUGUCUUCGUACUGGACAAGUGUUUAUCAUUGAAGUUUUAACUGGUCAAUUUAUUGGUAAAUUGGAAUUUGCACCAACUCCACCGAAUCAACCACCAUGUCCACAAUCAUUAAUCAGUAUUGGAAAUACUGAUCUACAUAAUUUGUUCAUUUUUUUAACUUGUCAAUUUGGCUUGUUUGCUUUAACACCAUGUACAAUGGAUAUGCAUAGUGUGAAUAAUAAUACUACAACUACUAAUAAUAAUUAUGCUAAUGAAUUAUCCAAUACUUCAGCAGUAGAUAUGGAUCAAAUUAGUUUAACUGGUUCAGAAAUAAGCUUGAAUAAAACAACAACUAUGAUGAAUAAAUCACGUUCGUGUAUAACAAGUUCUUCUGCUAUAUCUUCUCAAACAUUGAAAAAAUCUGAAUUAGAUUUUUCAAUUCUUCUGCAUACAAUUGAUAAUCAACGUUUAAAAGUCAAUAUUGUAUUCACUACUAGCGAUACUUAUGUGAUAACAUUGAAUAAUAACAAUGAAUCACCGGAUAAACCAAUUCAACUCUCUGUAGAAGAUCGUUUAUUUGUUGGUUUAUCCGAAGUAGCACGUGUGUUUUGGAUGGGAUUUAAAGAACAAACAUUAAAUUAUUUAAAAUGUAUUCUACAUGAUCAAAAUGUUUGGAAAUAUUUUCCAUCAGUGUAUUUUCGUUUAAUUCAACGUUUAUUAAAUGAACAUCCUGUAAAUGAUGCUCGUUGGCAAUGGUUAACCGGUCAACUAUCCGUCAGUAUCGAUUCCAUUCCAAUGCGUCAUUUACAUUAUCUUGAAUCUGAAGGUCCAUCAAAUUUCCAAUAUAUUCUUCCUAAAAAUAGUAGUAAUAAUAAUAUUAAUCCAAACUAUGAUCGUUUCGGAUCCAGUGACAAUUUUCUCUUAUUACCAAUGGCACGUUUAAAUGCUCGUUUAGAUGCAUUGCAUAAUUUACAAGAAUUAUGGUUGCUAAUCUAUCAAUUAUGCUGUGGUGGUUCCUCUUCUUCUUCUUCUUCUAAUCAUCAUGAACAAUGGAAUCAAUCAAUAGAUGAUAUCAAUGCAUUGUCAUCAGUGAAAUUAAUUGAUCUACCGAAAUAUUUGAAUAUUUUAUUAUCUAUGCCUAGCAAAUUAUCAAAUAAUAAUUAUACUACUAACAAUAAUACUAGUAGUAGUAGUAGUAAUAAUCAGUACAAAAAUAUAAAAUCACAAAAACAUGUUAUGAACAUUUCACAUGUAUUAUUAUGCCAUGAAGUUCGUAAUCUUAUGCAUGAACAAGCAUUCAUUAAUAAUAUUGAAGCAUGCAAUCAUGAUGAGAAUGAUGAUGUUAUUAUUAAUAAACAUAAACGUCAUCGAUAUCAUGAAGAAGAAGAAGAAGAAGAGUACAUAAAUGAUAAUAAUAAUAAUGUUGUACACAAUGUGAUGUUAAUGAUGAAUACAUUUCCUGAUUCAAAAUAUGCAUGUUGUUCCAUUGAACAUGAUCAAUGUAUUGAAGAACAAACAAGUCAACUAUGUCAACUGUUAGAUAUUGAUUGUCUGCUAAAAUUAGCUGACGAUGAUAAUGGGAAUGGAGGAAAUUGUGCAGAAACACAUAUAUUAUAUGGUUUACAUAUGGCUAGUGAAUUAGUUGAAUUUGCUAAAGCAUUACAAAUGAAAUUAGCCAAAGAACCACAAUCUUUAUAUCAGUCUAUUUUUAAUGAAGUUACAAAGAAUGCAGGAUUUACUUUGAAUUAUUUACAAGUUAUUAAAUCACAAGAUAUUGUUUUACAAACAGUAACUUUAAUUCCUCAAUUAGUGAAAACAUUCUGUGAAACAAUUGAUACUCAAAUGUCUAAAAUUACUACUACUGUCUCAACAUCAUCAUCAUUAUCUGAAGAAAAUGAUCAUGUUUCAUCAGAUAUAUUAUCAGCUAAAAACUCUGUCGAGCUUCUUAUACACAUUUCACGAUUGAUUGAGGCUGGUAUUGCUGAAAUUGUACGUUAUCGUGAAACACAUCUGCCGAAAUUAUUUGAACUGAUUGAAUCGUGUAGUAGUGCUAGUAGUAGUAGUAGCAGUUAUGCAAUGAAUAAUCAUCAACUCAAUAGAAAAGUUUAUUAUUUACCUUGUUGGCUUACAGAUGAAGAACCAUAUGGAAUUGGUAAUGUUUUAUUAAAAUUAUUAAAUCAUCUUGUUAAAGUUGGUUCAAAUAAAGUAUUAUUAUCGAAUGAACAUGAUGGCGUUGAUCAAACAUCAUCAUCAUCAGACCAAUUCACAUCAAAUCAUCAAUUAAUCAAUGAUUGCAUUCAAUAUGCCAUUGAUUUAAUUCGUAGUAUUUUAAGUUUAGCUAAACAACGUGUCCUUUGGGCUAUUGAACAUUCAACAUGGGCAUGGUGUCCAACAAACAAACAAUCGUCGUUGUAUGAUGAAGAGGAUGAGGAUGAUGAUGACAAUGUGGACAGUGACAAUGAUUUACAAAUUCAUCGAACACGUCGUCUAUUACAUUUAUCAAAUAAUAAAACUCGUCUACAAGUAUUACAACGUUUAAGACGUUUAAAACAUUGGUAUGCAAAUUUAAGAGAAUAUUUAAUUUCUAUUGUGGGGGAUCAAUUGCGUAGACCUGAAUCUGCUCUGGAUUUGGCUGAACAAUUUAUUGAUCGAGAUCAAAUUAUGCGUUGGUGUUACUUAUUGGAAGUACAAGAUGAACAAUAUAGUUUAAAUGUUGUUGAUAAUAAUAUUGUUGGUGAUCAUGAUGACAAUGAUGAUGUCUUGUCAACGAAUGAAAUGAUUGAUCAACGUAAUCGUUCUCAUCAUCAUCAUCAUCAUCGGUUGGCAGCAAUUAUUAAACGUAUUCCACCUGAAUGGAAACUUCCAGAUUAUGCACUGCAAUGGUUCCUUUCUCAUGGAGAACGUGCACGAGUUCAAUCUCUUCUUGCAUUAUUACAUCGUUCAAAUAAUUCAUUGAAUAAACCGAUAAAUUCUACAACAAUUCUACAUGAUGCUGCUACAGCCAAGACUAUUACUACUACUACUACUACUCCUCAUAGAAAUAUAAGUAGUAUACAACAAACUACUACUACUACUGAUAAUUAUCAUCAUCAUCAUCAUCUUACUAAACCAAAUAGUAGUUCACAACAUAAUUCACAUCUCUUUGAUAAAUCACAAUCAAUGCUAGAUGUGAAUUUAAACAAUGCUAAUAAUGCUGCAUCACUGUCAAUGAAACUAACCAACAAUGAUAAUAAUAAUAAUAAUAAUGAUCCAGUCGAGAAAUUUCUACAUCGUAAAGAUGUACAAAAUUAUGCAUGGCCUCAUUUAUUAUCAACUGGACAAUAUGAAAAGGCUUCCACUAUAUUAUAUGAUGAAGCAUGUAAAGAAUUUCAAUAUUUAGGACGUCGUAAAACUUUAUUCAGUUUGGCUAAAUUAACUUAUUUAACAACAACCACAACCACAACAACAAGAAAUCAUUUGAAUUCAUUAAUGACGACAGAUCAACAAUCAUUAUCCGAAUCAAUAUUUACUACUACUAAUACUAAUAAUCAUGAACAACAACAACUAGGAGCUCGUCGAUAUGUUGGCGAAGAAGAAGAAGAAGAAGACGACGAUAAGCGGAAAGAGAAACAAGAUUCAUUUCUAUUGAAAAUUAAUGCCUACCUCGAUUGGAUUUCAUUACAGGAAUUAAUUGAUUUAAAUCAUACUAAAUCAGAAUCAACUUUUGACAACAACAAUAAUAACAAUAAAACAUUAUCUGAUGUUGAUUGUAAUGCACGAUAUAAACGUGUAUUGUCAAUACCAGUGCUAAUCCGUCUAUCUGUCAAUUAUGCUGUAUCACUGAAUGAAACAUUGAAUAAAAUGCAUCAUCCUAACGGCGUAGAUGACACUGACAAUGAUGAUGUUGAUGAUGUUGAUGUUGAUGUUGAUGAACCAAUGUCAAAUGGCAAUAAUGUAAAACAACAUUAUUUAUCUGAAAUGAUUAUGCAUUUUCGACGUGCUUUCAUGUUAAUUGAUAUUUUAGAAAUUUUAUUAGAUUUAAGACCAAUCAGUAGUAAUAAUAAUACUACUGGUGAUGCUGAUGAUGACGAUUGCCAUAAUCCAAUGAAUGUACGAGAUGAAUUGCUAUUGCAUAUUUGGUGUCAAGCAAUUCGUAUGGAUGAAUGGUCAACCGCUGGUGAUAUUCAUGAUCCUAUUCAAAUAUGUACACAAAGUUUUAUAUGUGCACUUGUUUCAAAUCUUUAUAAAAAUGGUGUUGAUGUAAUUUCUUUAUUACCAAGUCCAGAGCAAUUAUUUGCUGCGGAUGAAUUGAUCGAUUUAGUCAAAAAUCCACAAUUUCAUUAUCUUAUUGAAUCUGGUUUUGAACAUAUGCGAAAUCUUUUAUUAACAAAACAAAAUUCAACUUCAUCAAUACAAGAUGUUUUAAUGACUGAUUUAUGUGUAUAGAAUAUAAUUUUAACUAUAUAUGUAUGUAUGUAUGUAUGUAU